ACAUACCGUCAUGACAUUGACAAUUUAGACAUUUCAUGCUAUGACGUCCUUGACGUAACAUAAAAUAAUGUUCUUUUUCAUGUCUGUUUUCUGAAACACAGUCGGAGAACACAAUGGCUAAACCUAAAGGAGAGCGGAAAGGCAAAUCUGCCAUCAAUGAAGUUGUGACUCGUGAAUACACAGUAAAUUUACACAAACGUCUUCAUGGUGUUGGUUUUAAGAAACGUGCUCCACGGGCCAUCAAGGAAAUUAGGAAGUUCGCUGAAAAGCAAAUGGGUACUCCCGAUGUUCGAGUUGAUACUCGUUUAAACAAAUACCUCUGGUCAAAGGGUGUCAGGAAUGUUCCAUUCAGAGUCAGAGUUCGAUUGUCAAGAAGGCGUAAUGAUGAUGAGGAUUCUGCCCAUAAACUGUUCACACUUGUGACUUAUGUACCGGUUGCCUCUAUUAAAGGCUUGCAAACAGAAAAUGUUGAUGCUAGCCAAGAAUAAACUUUUAAAUUAA